CUCAACACAACUCACCCUUGGUCAAUGCCGCCCAACGAGGACACGCAGAGGUACUGCAACUGCUGUUAAACGACGAACGUGUGCGCGCAGACGAGCGUGGUGCUGAGGCCUUUGAGUUGGCGGCGUCAGGAGGGUUCGAUACCGCGGGUAUGGUUUCUUUUAUCUGA